GAGCCAAGGUGCUUGGACCAAAAACGUACUCGGUUCCGCAGAGAUAGCUGUUACUGUUAACACGCCGCGCGAAGUGACUAGCUUGCAUAGCUUGCGCAGUGACACCCGCAAACUACGACGAAAACAGCCUCUGCAGCGAGGAGAUAGCAUAGCAGCUUCACAGGGAGGAUAUUGCAAUGGCGCACCGCCUCAUAUUAGCGCUGCUCCUCAGCACUGCCGCCGCCUUCGCGCCCGCUGUCAAGCCGCGCGCCGCCACACAGCUGCGCGCCGGCGGUGACGGCGAGAUCACCGCCGUCAGGGCGUGCGAGACAGUGCAUGAAUCAAAUUGUCUCCGCCACUGCUAUUAUCAUGGCAUCCACGCCAUCGACGCGUCUCACUGGUUGAUUUGUGCACAGGUGCGAGAUCCUCGACUCGCGGGGCAACCCGACGGUCGAAGUGGAAGUCGACACGAAGCAGGGCACGUUCCGCGCCAGUGUACCUUCGGGAGCGUCGACGGGUAUUUAUGAGGCCUGUGAGCUCCGCGACAACGACAAGAGCCGCUACCUGGGCAAGGGCUGCCUGCAAGCCGUGAAGAACGUCAACGACGUCCUCGGCCCGGCCGUCGUCGGUAAGGACUCCUCACAACAGCGAGAGAUCGACCAGUUGAUGAUCGACUUAGAUGGAACACCUAACAAACAAAAAUUAGGUGCAAAUGCCAUCCUAGGCGUAUCUCUGGCGGUGAGCAAGGCCGGCGCCGCGGCCAAGGGCGUGCCCCUCUACCAGCACGUGGCAGACGUGGCAGGAAACACAAAAAAUGCCAACGUCCUCCCAGUCCCGGCGUUCAACGUCAUUAAUGGAGGCUCCCACGCGGGCAACAAGCUCGCCUUCCAGGAGUACUUCAUCAUACCGACGGGCGCGCCGUCCUUCAGCGAAGGUCUGCGGAUCGGCACGGAGUGCUACCACACGCUGGCCAAGAUCAUCAAGAACAAGUUCGGCGGCGACGCGACGCUCAUCGGCGACGAGGGCGGCUUCGCCCCCCCGUGCGAUGCCCGGGAAGGUGUGGAACUCGUCAUGGAGGCCAUCAAGACGGCGGGCUACGAGGGGAAGUGCGAAAUUGGCAUGGACGUGGCCGCGUCGGAGUUCAAGGUCGAGGGCGAGGACUGCUACGACCUGGGGACCUUCUAUCCUCCGGGCGAGAGGGAUGAUCCGGCUCUCAAGAUGACGGCGGCGCAACUCGCGGAUUUCUACGCCGACCUCUGCAGGGAGUUCCCGAUCGUGACCAUCGAAGACGCCUUCGACCAGGACGACUGGGCUGCUUGGUCGAACUUCUCGCCCAAAGUCAAGGCCACGGUGCAGACCGUCGGGGAUGAUUUGACGGUGACGAACGUCGCGAAGAUUUCGGAGGCCAUCGACAAGGAAGCCUGCAACGGGCUACUCCUGAAAGUGAACCAGAUCGGGUCCCUCUCGGAGUCCAUUGACGCCGUCAAGAUGAGCAAAAAGGCGGGCUGGGGCAUCAUGACCUCGCACCGGUCAGGGGAGACCGAGGAUACGUACAUCGCGGACAUCGCGGUCGGUUUGUGCACGGGCCAGAUCAAGACGGGCGCGCCGUGCCGAAGCGAGCGGCUGGCGAAGUACAACCAGCUCCUGAGAAUUGAAAGGGAGCUCGGUAGUGAAGCGCGCUACGCGGGCAAGGACUGGCGCGCGCCGGCGUGGAUGGGCGACUGAGGCGUCGGUUGCCUUCUAAGACAUCGUACUAUA